AUGUGCUUCCACAAACGCAUCCUCUUCGCCUGCAGCCACUACGCCUGGCUCACCACGCCCGAAGCGACGAUUCCUUGCGAGGUCGAGAGGAGGUUUCUAAGGGGUGGGAUGCCCGAGUCUGUUAAUGAUAACGAGAAUGAGACUAUGAGUGAGACUGGAGGUGGUUUUGACAAGCAAAAUCUGCUGCCGGAGGAGGGGUGUAACCAAAUGUGGUCUCAUGGGUUUCACACCGUCAAGGUUGGGGAGGAUUGCAGAAGUUGUGUGUACAAACGAAGGAGGAAGGAGUCGAUGAUCGGGGAGGUGAAGGAGGUUAUCAAGAGCUUGAGGGUGAACUUGGAGAGGAUAACGACGGGUGCGGAGCUGGGGCAAGAAAUUGGUGACCAGGAAAACAACAGUUUUGACGAGGAAGAUGAUUGGGGUUUGACUGUGAGAAGUAAAAAUUCUGACUCGACGAGGAAUUCAGCCGGGACGACGGGGUUGGAGUUGGCGUCUUCGCCUGGGGGGUCGAGUGAGACUACAGGUACGGGUGAUACUUCACUGUCACUGGAUGGUGAGAGGGAUCAUGGGUUGGUGAAAGAGCCUCUCCUGGGAAGUGAUGACGGUGAUGAUGAUGAUGAUGAUGAUGGUGAGAGUGAACACGAAAGGAUGGAAGAGCGGUGCGCCUUGGUGUUUUCUCCUGCUGUCGCUGCUGUUGGGGUGUGA